AUGGCCAUAGAUGGUAACUUCCUUCUCAUAAUUACCAUAGCCAGUUGCAAGAAACUCCACACUCCAAUGUACUUCCUGCUCACCAAUUUGUCCCUACUGAACAUGUUCUCUAUUUCUGUUACUACUCCCAAACUGCUCCAGACACUAUCAACUCACACAAAGACCAUCUCCUUUUACAGCUGCAUCGCCCAAGCCUAUUUCUUUAUAUUUUCUUUGGGCUCAGAACUUCUGCUUCUCUCCAUCAUGGCUUUUGACCAGUAUGCUGCUAUUUGCCACCCUUUGCAGUACUCAAAUAUCAUGAGGAAGGAAGUGUGUAUAGGGAUGGUAGCUGCAGUUUGGAUAAUUGGAAUGGUCAACUCUGCAGUUCAUGCUGGACUUAUAUUGCACCUGUUGUUUUGCAGCUCAGGAGGAGACUCCAAUAUCAUCAACCAUUUCUUCUGUGAUCUGCCCCCACUUUUAAAAUUGUCCUGCUCAGACACCAGCCAUAAUGAGAAAUUAAUUUUUGUGGCAGAUGCAUUCUUUGGGAUGGGUAGCUGUGGGUUGACCCUAAUAUCAUAUUGGCUUAUAGUAAGAGCGAUCUACCAAAUCCGCUCCACUGAAGGGAAAAAGAAAGCUUUCUCUACAUACUCUUCUCAUCUCUUUGUUGUCGGUUUUUAUUUUUCUGCUGUCAUCUACACAUAUAUCAGGCCUACUUCAGUUGCCUCUAUAGACAAUGACAAGCUAGUUUCUCUCUUUUAUUCGGUGGUGACGCCCGUUGUCAACCCAAUCAUAUAUUCUUUGAGAAACAAAGAGUUUAAUCAAGCUCUUAAGAAACUUAUUGGGAGAGGCAGGCUUCCUCAGGGACUGCAAGAUUGA